AGUUCCCGCGCUCUUGUGGGUUUGUGUACUGUCAAUUAAACGUGGGUUAAAGUAGCAAGAAUGGGAAUUUUAGGAUUAGCGAAAGUUAUUGCUGAUAUCGCACCUAAUGCUGUAAAGGAGAGUGAAAUUAAACAUUAUUUUGGUAGGAAGGUGGCAGUAGACGCGUCUAUGAGCCUAUAUCAGUUCUUAAUAGCUGUUAGAAGCGAAGGAGCGCAGCUAACCUCUAUUGAUGGCGAGACAACAAGCCAUCUUAUGGGAACAUUUUAUCGUACAAUUCGUCUUAUUGAAAAUGGCAUAAAGCCUGUAUAUGUAUUUGAUGGUAAGCCACCGAAUCUGAAAUCAGGAGAGCUUGAUAAACGUGCUGAAAGAAGAGAACAAGCACAAAAGGAAUUGGAAAAAGCUGAAGAAGCAGGCGAUGUUGAACAAAUAGACAAAUUUAACAGAAGAUUAGUGAAAGUGACAAAAACACACACAGAAGAAUGCCAGCAGCUUUUGAAACUGAUGGGGAUUCCUUACAUUGUGGCACCUUGUGAAGCUGAAGCACAGUGUGCAGCCCUUGUGAAAGCAGGUAAAGUGUAUGCGACAGCAACUGAAGACAUGGAUGCUUUGACAUUUGGAUCAAACAUUUUAUUACGACGGAUGACCUUCAGUGAAGCACGGAAAAUGCCAAUUCAGGAGAUCCAUUUAAACAAAGUUUUGGAAGGCUUGGAACUCACACGGGAUGAGUUUAUUGACCUGUGCAUCUUGUUGGGAUGCGAUUACUGUGACAGUAUCAAAGGCAUUGGCCCCAAACGUGCCAUCGACCUUAUAAAGCAGCAUCACAGUUUGGAAAAAAUUCUUGAGAAUAUUGAUACAAAGAAGUACCCACCACCAGAAGGGUGGAUGUAUAAGGAAGCAAGGCAACUGUUUUUAGAACCAGAUGUUGCUGAUCCAGAAACUAUUGAGCUGAAAUGGACUGAUCCAGAUGAGGAAGGUUUGGUGAAAUAUUUGUGUGGUGACAAACAAUUCAAUGAAGAUCGUGUGCGUAAUGGUGCAAAAAAACUGGCAAAGGGCCGGUCAGGGACAACUCAAGGUCGCCUUGAUACAUUCUUCAAAGUUUUACCCAGUACGAACAAUACCUCGCAGAAAAGAAAGAGUGAAGAAAAACCAGCUAGUGCAAAGAAGGCAAAAGGAGGAGGAGGGAGAGGACGGAGGCCAAAGUAAUUCCACUGUAUGGUUGCCUAACGUGUCCAAAAUAAUGUUGCUCUUAAUUGAAGAUGUGUCUCCGAUUUGUAAUCGAACUGUAAAAUUUGAAAUAGGACUAAAACAUAUUAAAUCACUGUGUCUGUGACAUAUAUUGAAGUGAUUGUUGUGAUCUCAUAUCUUUUUGUAAUGGAUGGCAAUCUCUUCAAUCAUGUUGAUUUUUAAUUAAAUUAGACAUAAAAAUUAUAA